AUGGCUUUCAAAAGUUUGAUGUUGGCAGCCCUGGUCGCAGCUGUUGCCAGUUCCAAAACAGAUAAACGAAGUGCAGGCGAAUGGAACCUGAUCGGAUUAUCGUCGGGGUGGAAUUCCGAGACAAGCGGCAUUCCCGCCACACUGCUUAUAAAUAGCGGUGGAAAUGAUGGCUGGUCGACGGACACCAGCAGUGACGUGGCGGGCGCAGUGGCGGCGGCGAAGGCUGCCGCGGCCGCGGUGAUGGCCGCCCAACACCAGGUAGCGGCUGCGAAGCACGCAGCCCUGGAGCAGCAGAGCGUCGCCAGCGCCAAGGAGGCCGCAGCCGCGCACGCCGCUCACCAAAGCGAGGAAGCAUCUAGAAAAGCUCGUGCACGCGCUCUGGAGGCAGCACAGACUGCUGUGCACGCUCAAGCCCAGCUCGCAUCGGCAAAAGCGAGAGCAGCUGCCGCGCAGAAGAUCGCCGCAGCGAGGGAAGCAGAAGCCGCGAAAGCUAUACAGCGGUCGGCCCACAAUCAGGCUGCUAGGCUGCAGAACGCUGAUAUAGAAUCAAUUAAGCUGUCGGUGCUGCAAAGCUCCGGUGCAGCUGGUGCCGCAGGAGCGGCGCAACAUUCUGCAACUGCUGCAGCGGCGGCCCUGCGACCCGACCCCAACUCGGGCUGGCUUCCGGCAAACGGCUGGCAACCGUCCACAUCCAACGCUUGGGUGUGG